AUGCAAAUUGACGUUCCCUAUCUGGUACUGUCAAUAGCACGGAUACAAGGGGGUGACCGGCAACGCGAUUUUGCACGAUCCCACAAGAUCACACCUUCUGAAAACGCGCAGUUUCUAGUGUGGUGUUUGAAUCCAUCAUACUUCAAGAGACGGGGUCUGAUUUGUCCGAUUUGAUUUGGGAACAAGUCUACGAGCGUGCGGAUCUCAAACUUUGGCUUCACAUUAAGAGCUCGACUCAUCACUUGGGGAUAAAUCGAAGUAGACCAUAUCCAAUUUCCUGUUGAUCCGACCGCUACCUUAACCGCCCCAGUCUGUGAAGUCUUCUACUUCACGCUAAGAGAAGGAAGGACAAAGGACGAGAUCGCACCUUACCUUGACACUCUUGCGAACCAGGAUACGAAGACUGUGACGCUGUCAACUUGGGGGUUUAAUCCGGAGCGGGAGAAUCGACUUGCAAUGCUUGUUGGAUGGGAAUCUCUUGAGCUCACCAAGAGGUGGUAAAGAAUCCGACGGAGGAAACGAAGAACUUAUUUUCACAUCUUCAUGAGCUAUCGGAAUUCACUGUUGGGCAUAGCAACUUGACUGCCCACUGAAUGGGACGUUGAUUGUUUGAAGACGUACUUCACGUAUUUACAAGAUUUCUAUACCAAGUAAUUGAGCAGUUUGACGUUAUAUAGGUUUAGAAUACC